AUCCCUUUAACCUAUCAAAGCAAAGCACUCUCUCUCUCUCUCUCUCUCUCUCUCUGUCUCCAUUCUUGUCUUGUGGAGUAGCUAUUUCUCUGUCCUUUCAAUUAGAGUGCACUCUCGUCUUUCCGUGUCUUAUUUGCAAGGUAAAGUGCCCUAAAUAUUAAGGGUAAGUUAAUUAUAUAUAGUACACAGUAAUAUUAUUUGUUCGGGGAAGUGAGAAGAAAGGGACACGUGGAAAAAAUGAAAGAGGGUGGGAGAAAACAAGGAGCAGCAUCACCAUGUGCAGCUUGUAAGCUUUUGAGGAGAAGAUGUGCCCAAGAUUGUGUGUUUGCUCCUUAUUUCCCAGCAGAUGAGCCCCAGAAGUUUGCUAAUGUUCACAAGGUCUUCGGUGCUAGCAAUGUCAACAAGAUGCUUCAGGAACUUCCGGUGCACCAAAGGGGAGAUGCGGUGAGUAGCAUGGUGUAUGAAGCGAAUGCGAGGGUGCGUGACCCUGUGUACGGUUGUGUUGGAGCUAUAUCCUCUCUGCAACAACAGAUUGAUGCUCUGCAAACGCAAUUGGCACUAGCCCAGGCUGAGGUGGUGCACCUUCGGGUUCGACAGACUGCCAUAUCAACUCAUGGACUGAGCCCUGCUAGCCCAACCAAUAGUGGAUCUCCUUCCUCUAGGCUUAUUGGACAAGUCAAACCCAUUUUUGACAUGGAUAUGGUCGACCAAGCCAGCUUGGGAGAGAUGUGGCGCUGCUAAUUAAAAAUUGCUUCCUAUUUCUUAUUUCUUGUCUCAGCCUACUAUCUGAAAUUCAUCAUUUUGUUCUGGUUUAGGUGUCCACAUGGGUAGGAAAUAUAGCGGCCCGCGGUGGUUAUGGCGGCAGCCGCGGUGAAACGCAAAAUUAGACUAUAUUUUUAUGCGUAUCAAUGAAAUGUAAUAUAAUACAAUCAAAUAUAUAUUUAGUGUAAUGUAAAAUUACAUUAGAAAUAAUUUUGAUUAUGUUAUAUUAUAUUUCAUCUAUAUGUAUU